AUGGGUCGCGUCCGUACCAAGACAGUCAAGCGCUCCGCUAAGGUCAUCAUCGAGCGUUACUACCCCAAGUUGACCCUCGACUUCGAGACCAACAAGCGCAUUUGCGAUGAGAUCGCCAUCAUUGCUUCCAAGCGUCUUCGCAACAAGAUUGCUGGUUACACCACCCACCUAAUGAAGCGUAUCCAGCGUGGUCCCGUCCGCGGUAUCUCCUUCAAGCUCCAGGAGGAGGAGCGUGAGCGCAAGGACCAGUACGUCCCCGAGGUCUCCGCUCUCGACGUCUCCCAGACCGAGUCCGGCCAGCUCGAUGUCGAUGCCGACACCAAGGACCUCCUCAAGUCCCUCGGCUUCGACAACCUCAAGGUCAACGUCGUCUCCGUCAGUCAGCAACAGCAGGCUGAGCGUCCCCGUCGCUUCGGUCCCCGCUAA